AUGUGGAAGCGCUUUCCGGAAAUAAUGAGCUUCGACAACACGUACAAUACAAACCGCUUCAAGCUACCGCUCUUCCAGGUAACGGGGCUAACGUGCCUGAAAUCUGUCUACAACGCCGCAUUCGGUUUGAUCGAUAACGAGCGUCGUGAGGGGUUCCAAUUCCUCACUGAAGCGGUCAGAGAACUGACCGAGAGGCAUGGGAUUCCGCUACCAGACGUUGUUAUCACCGACUACGAUAAGGCGAUGAAGGAAGCACUAGACAACCAAUUUCCCGACAGCCAGCAACAGCUUUGUAUCCACCAUAUCAACGCAAACGUCCUUCUUAAUGCGAAACGGAAGUGGAAGAACGCAGGGGAAGGUGGGGAAAGCGAUGGAGAUGGUAGCUCUUGCAGUGAGCAGACGCACGUGGCAUUGACCCCGACGGAUGUGGAAGCUGUGCUCGCAGCAGAGAGACAAGACAACCCGCUUCCUCAGGGCAACCUCGCUGCACCUGUGCCGCACAACUACCGUGGCGUCCUCGAACUGUGGAAGUUCGUGGCUUUCGCAGAGACAAGGGAAGAACACGAAAAGGCUUGGGCGGACCUAUGUGACGAGUUCAACAAUCAGCCGGCCAUCCUUAUGUACCUGUACAAGACAUACCUGCCAAUACGAGCACAGUGGGCACAAUGCUUCAUCAAGAAGCACCGCAACUUUGGAGUUCGGGUGACGUCUGGUACCGAGGCCAGCAACAACAAUAUCAAGAGCUACCUGCUCAAUGGGAUGAGCCAUUUGUACUCACUUGUGGAGGCUGUUGAGGCUAUGUUGAAAGAUCAAGAGCGAGACUUCAUCGAUGCUUGCUCGCAGGAUGAGGUGCUGACCUCUCGGACAUAUUCUGGCCCUGGUUCAGAGUAUCUGGGAGAGCUUCGCUCGGUGAUGUCCGAGCCGGGACUCAAGCUCGUUUCCAAAGAACAUCGGCGGGCCUUAAGAUCGAUACCAAGCAGGACACGUCCUUGGCCGGAGCCGAUCAGGGAUUGCAACGAGAACUGUUCCGUCUCGUGGCAGCUUGGGAUCCCUUGCUGUCAUACAAUCUACAACAAAUUAGAAACGGGCACAUGCUUGACGAAAUGGGACGUCCACCCUCGGUGGCACCUUCGGGAGUCAACUUCGCACAAUCCCUACCGCCGAAUUCUCGACCCUAAGAUCGCAGCAUGUCUCCGAGGCCGACCGAAGAAUGCGACACAGCCAGUCCCUGAAAGCAUGAAAGUUGGGCCAUCACGCUGUAGUCGAGCAGCAGUGGGCAAGACUAGGCCAAGCAGGAAGCCCACGCGCAAGUCAGCCGUCCUUGGGCCGGGAAAGCAGACAGGCGUGCGACAAGCUGGCCGUAGGAGGCAACCUAACUUGCGGCGGCGACGGUCAGAAUGGGAGACUAUCUGUGAUGAAGAAAAGCAAGAAGUUCCGCCGAAGCGGAGACGCCAAAGCUCCCGUAAGCAGCCUACCACUUCUACCACUACAGCGGCUUCUGUCCUGUCAAGUUGUGUUAGCGAGGAAAGCGGGAAGGAUUGUAUCCAUGUACGACUGUAA